AUGACCCCCGGAGCUAUGACGCCUGGUGGGGGAAGCCUGGUGGGUAGCCCCGGUUCCGUAGCUGUGCAGCAGGAUCGGGACCAAGCCAAGCUGGCCGAGAUCCAGAGCAUGUUCGCCAAUUGGAACCACGGAACGCCGGUCCCGUCCCCCAGGGCUGGAGCCUCGGCUCGGGCCGAGGCUGGCUUCCCGCUUCGGACGCCGAAGCCUAGCGACUACUACCGAAUCGACGGGGGGGAAAUGGAGGGGGGAGAGGGGAUGGGAGAGGAGGAAGCAUCUGCGGAGGAGCUAGGGCCGACUCGUGCGAAUGUGUUGGGGAAAGCGUAUGAGGAUAUCGGGAGGAAAUACAGGAUUGCUGAGAAGGAGCUAGGGCGGGGUAACUUUGGAGUGAUUCAUGUGGCGGAGAGCCUUCAGACUGGGGAGCAGUUUGCAUGCAAAAGCAUCACCAAGGCUAAAUUCGAGUGCUGGGACGAUGUGGAGGGCGUGAAGGGGGAGGUGAGCGUGCGGGGGACACUGAAAGGCAACUCACACUCCUCUUCACUCAUUUUCCCGCUCUGCUCCCUCUACCCCCUCUCCCCUUCCGUCCCCCAGUGCUGGGACGACGUGGAGGACGUGAGGAGGGAGUGUUGGGAUGAUGUGGAGGAUGUGAGGAGGGAGGUGAGCGUGCUGGAGACGCUGAAAGGCAAUCCCUUUGUGGUGUCGAUCGUCGAGACGAUCGAAGACGAGAAGGAGGUGCACAUAGUGAUGGAGCUGUGUGCGGGAGGAGAGCUCUUCGAUCGCAUUCUCGACCGCAAGUACUACGGGGAGAGGCAGGCCGCGCGGGUCAUUCGCUCCGUGGUGGAGGUUCUGGCCUUCUGCCAUGCCCACCUAAGGGAUCGUGCUCCGUGUUUUCGAAGCGCCUCAAACGCAGGCGGCACGGUCAUUCGCUCCGUGGUGGAGGUUCUGGGCUUCUGCCACGCCCGCCUGAGGGAUCGUGCACCGGGACUUAAAGCCCGAAAAUAUUUGCUCCGUGGUGGAGGUUCUGGCCUUCUGCCACGCCCGCCUGGGGGAUCGUGCACCGUGUUUUUCAGGCGCCUCAGUGACAGGUGGCAUGAGUCAUUCGCUCCUUCCCUCCCACCCCUGCACCCCCCUCCCCGCCCCACACACACACACCAGGAGGUGCACAUAGUGAUGGAGCUGUGCAACGGGGGAGAGCUAUUCGAUCGCAUUCUCGAGCGCAAGUAUUACGGGGAGAGGCAGGCGGCGCAGGUGAUUCGCUCCGUGGUGGAGGUUCUGGCCUUCUGCCACGCGCGGGGGAGUGUUUGUGCACCGAGAAACUCAUUCUCCCACCCACCCAUCCAUCCUUCCCUCUCCGCCUCCUGUUUUCCCCCAUUUUCUCUUCCCUUCUUUUCCGCCUUCUCCUCCCCACCCCCGCAUCCUGCCAACCCACAGGAGGUGCACAUAGUGAUGGAGCUGUGCAACGGGGGAGAGCUAUUCGAUCGCAUUCUCGAGCGCAAGUACUACGGGGAGAGGCAGGCGGCACGGGUGAUUCGCUCCGUGGUGGAGGUUCUCGGCUUCUGCCACGCGCGGGGGAUUGUGCACCGCGAGCGUUGCAAGCUGAGGGCAGGCACGCCAAACUACAUUGCUCCCGAGGUGAUAGCUAAAAACUACGGAGCGGAGGCAGACGUGUGGAGCGCAGGGGUGAUCCUGAGAACGCUGCAAGCUGAGGGCAGGAACACCAAACUACAUCGCUCCAGAAGUGAUAGCGAAGAACUACGGCGCAGAGGCGGACGUGUGGAGCGCGGGGGAGAACGCUGCAAGCUGAGGGCAGGAACACCAAACUACAUUGCUCCAGAAGUGAUAGCGAAGAACUACGGAGCGGAGGCGGACGUGUGGAGCGCGGGGGUGAUCCUGUACGUGCUGCUGUGCGGCCUGCCGCCCUUCUGGGGGGACACCACUGAGGACGUCUUCAAGAGCAUCCUGUGGCAGGAGCUCGACUUUGACACCCAGCCCUGGCCCGUGGUUAGCACCGCUGCCAAGGACUUGGUCAGACGGAUGCUGUGCCGGAAGUAUGAGAGAAGGAUCACAGUGGCCGAGAUUCUGAGUGAGUCAGUGUUGGGGAUUGGGGUGGGAAUGUGA